ACACAAUAAGAUAUGUUUACCUUUUUCUAAAUCGGAUGUUUAAGGAACAUAUUUAAGGUAAACAAGCCACAUCCAGACAUGACAAUUAAUGGUGUGUGCUAAUUAAUAUUGAAAGAGCUGGAGGAUCAACAGAAAAGGAUGGGCCAUAACUGUUGCAGCAAACAGAAAAUUAAGAAAGGACUGUGGUCUCCUGAAGAAGAUGAGAAGCUAUUGAAUCACAUCAACACCUUUGGCCAUGGUUCGUGGAGCUCUGUCCCAAAACUAGCUGGUUUGCAGAGGUGUGGGAAAAGUUGCAGAUUGAGGUGGAUAAACUAUUUGAGACCAGAUCUCAAGAGGGGUCCAUUUUCUGAGAUAGAAGAGAGAACCAUCGUAGAUGUUCAUAGGAUUUUAGGCAACAAAUGGGCUCAGAUAGCGAAGCAUUUACCAGGUAGAACAGACAAUGAGGUCAAGAAUUUUUGGAACUCAUGCAUCAAGAAGAAGCUCAUUGCACAAGGUUUUGAUCCCAACACCCACAAUCUUCUCCCUUCUUUCAAAGCUAACAACAACAACAACAAUAAUAUUUAUGCAUGCAAUAUGUUUUCUCCAUCUUCUUUUUUCUCUGUAAAUUCUUCACAUGUCUCAGCAGAUACUUCCAUAGACAUAUUGGAAGCACCUUAUCUCACAUUACCUUCUACUUCAUCUCCACAUACAAAUCAUGUCGAUAUCUCGUUGCAUGAAUGCUCAACCAUAUCAACCUAUGAAUUCCAAGUCCAAGAGCAAAUUAAUCCAAAUGUUUUAACAGAAUCCAUGGGGAUUAACAGUGUCCCAACAAUCUCCACUUCUCACUUAUAUCCAAUAUCAGAGCUUGAAAAUAUUGUAAAUGAGAGCUUUCAACCCAUAACUAAAUCCACAAACCCAAAAGACAUAUUGCAAUCACAACAGGAGGAGGCUUGUGAAGUGGUGGAAAAUGAGAAGCCCAGUGUGUUGAAUGGUGCACAGACAAACAUAGAUGCUUCAUUUGGGAGCUCUAACUUUGAUCUGGAUUUUAUGGAGUGUACAGAAUUGCCUUGUGGAAUGUAUAAUUACCAACUGAGUCCAAUGGAUCAACUUACAUGGAAUGGUUAGGCAUUUUGGGACUUUUUUUUUUUUAUAUAGCAAAGAUGACUUUUCCUUUUUGGUUUAGGGGGGCUUUAAUAUUUUGUUUUGUUUUUGUAGUUAUAUUUUGACUCUACUAUGUGAAUAAUUUUUGGUAUAUUGAUUUAUUUACACCAAGGAUGAGUAAAUAAAUUAGUUUCGAACUCGCGAUCUACAAAAUUUGAAUUUAAAAAUUUUCAUUUAUAAGGAAAGAGAAAUACACUAAACCGUAAUACUAAUUAACUCUACGGUGCAAAUAUUAAUUGUUGACUUAAGAGUACUUUAUUUUUUAAAAUUUCGUUGCUAA